GCAUCACACUAGCUUCUUCUCACUCAUACACACAUGGCGCGCUUCCUCCUCAUUAUCGGAUGCGCUACUCUCGCAGCUCUCGCAUCUUGCGAAUCCAAGAGUGGUGAGGAAACUCCACAAUACUGGAGAGCCAUUCUUGGUGAUAUCUGCCAAUUGCCAUCGUUCCCUAGAGCCACUGGUGAUCCAACCCGUUAUGUUGAAUGUGUUCGUCAAUCCUCAUUUGCUGCCGAUAGAAAAGAUCUCGGAAUCUGGCUUCUUCGUGAAUGCCUCCCAGGAUACGAGUUUGUUGCCUCCGCUCGCCGUUGUAAGACUGUCCGUUCUGUCAACAAACAACAAGAACUUUGCGAGUCUGCCAAUGCCACCGAGUACAACUUCUGCCCAACUGCCUCGGCCAUGCAAUUCCUCGUUGAGGAGACCCGUGAGGCUCCAAGACAGUGCGCCUGUCCAAAUGGAGAGCAAAACUGUGUCUGCCCAUCGCCGGAAAUCCUCGAGCCAAUCUCUGCUGUCAAGAAGGUCCGCAGAUCUGCCCAGCAACAGCCAUUGAGAUUCUCCCAAUACCCAUCAUGCCCAUGCCCACAGAACCAACCAGCCUGCACAUGCUCUACCAACAAUCAGCAGAAUGAGCAGAUCCUUGUCUCCAUCUCCUGCUGCCAACAACAAGAGACCACCACCCAGGCUCCAGUUCAGAUGCAACCAUGCCAGUGCACCCCAACCCAAAUUCAACAGAACUGCCAAACCACAACCACCCAGCAACAAUACUGCCCACAACAAUCUGCUCCAGUUGUCCAGCCACAGCCAUGCCCACUCGUCCAAGGAUCCGGAGUUCAAAACGCUCAAUACCAAGGAAUCUGCUCAUGGAUGAUCGACCCACUUGCCACUGACCCACAAUCCCGCACUCACUACCUUCAAUGCCAGCCAGCUCCAAACAACUUGUUCUGCGGAAGAUGGCAACGUAUGCCAUGUGCCCCAGGAACCGUCUUCGACGUCCAAUCCCAAGUCUGCGUCUGGGACACCAACAGCCAGCCAGGAACUCUUCCAACUCCAGCCCCAUACGUCUCCACCCAGGCUCCACAGAACGCUCAAUGCGGAUGCACCGGAGGAGUUCAAAUCGGAUCAUGCAACCAAAACUACCAGUGCCCAGGACAAUCGGUCUGCCAAGUCGGACAAAAUGCCGGACAACAGUGCAUGGUUUGCUGCUACUUCCGCAAGAAGGCCCGUCGUUUCUAAUCGAUCGAACAUCUCACACACAUCAUCAUCGAACCAAAAACUGCUACAAUCUUCUCGCCUUUUUGUAUAUACCGUGAAGAAAACAACAAUCAUGAAACGGAUACGCAUAGACAACCAUAAUUGUACCGCCUAGUUUGCCCUCACUUUUCCCCCGUCUUCCCCCAAAUCCCCAAUCCUUAUUUGUAUUCCGAAUUGUCCAAUGUCUAGGGUUUUCUCUCCAAUGAUAACUAUUAUAUAACUUAUGAUGGUACUUCAAUAAAUAUAUAUUUUCAAUAC